GCGGGGCCCGGCGCUCGGCUGCUCCGCGCGUCUGGCGGGCGCAGGGCAGGAUGUACACGCUGCUGUCCGGCCUGUACAAGUACAUGUUCCAGAAAGACGAGUACUGCAUCCUGAUCCUGGGGCUGGACAAUGCCGGCAAGACGACCUUCCUGGAGCAGUCGAAGACCCGGUUUAGCAAGAACUACAAGGGGAUGAGCCUGAGCAAGAUCACCACCACCGUGGGCCUCAACAUCGGCACCGUGGACGUGGGGAAAGCUCGCCUCAUGUUCUGGGACCUGGGCGGCCAGGAGGAGCUGCAGUCCUUGUGGGACAAGCCCCUUCCCGGAGUGGCCCCAGAAGUGGUGGUGGAGCGUUCCCCCGGGGCAGCGGGCAGGCGUCCAGGCUCCCCUUCCCGGACCCUUCUCCCCGCCAGGCACAUGUGGACCAUCAAAACCAGAGACCAGCCAGGCCCGGGCCUGCUAGUCCAAACCAGGGGCACACAGGCCAGAGCUGUGAUGGGCCGUGCGUCAGAUCGAGGCUGUCACUGUCCGCGUCCUGGCCUCUGGUGCCCCCUGUGUGACCCACACCGAGGUGCAGCUGAGUUCCCGCAGGCAGGGGCCCUCGGGGCCAGGCCUCUGUGGCUCCUGCAGGGCCCAGCUAGGGGGCCUUGGCCGGCGGCAGCCCCAACCCUGCAUCGCCUCCCGCCUUCUCUGCAGUACUACGCGGAGUGCCACGGAGUCAUCUAUGUCAUCGACUCCACCGACGAGGGGAGGCUGCUGGAGUCCAAGCAGGCGUUCGAGAAAGUGGUCACCAGUGAGGCGCUGGACGGUGUCCCUGUCCUGGUGCUGGCUAACAAGCAGGAUGUGGAGCCUUGCCUCUCCAUCCCUGACAUCAAGACGGCCUUCAGUGACUGCACCUGCAAGAUUGGCAGGCGCGACUGUCUGACCCAGGCCUGCUCGGCCCUCACGGGCAAAGGCGUGCGUGAAGGCAUCGAGUGGAUGGUGAAGUGCGUUGUGCGGAACGUCCAUCGGCCACCGCGGCAGAGGGACAUCACAUAGGCUCGGCCACCCGCGUCCCGGACACUCUGGCCCCUGGGCCGCCCGCUGGGGGGGGCUUGCUGCGCCCUCCCUCUGUGUGCUGUUUUCUCUAAGACAAAUGUUGCUGGACA